AUCCAAACCAUUUUUCCAACUUGGCUUUUGUUCUUGUAAAUCUCAAAUACUACUUUAAACACUUGCGUAAUCCAUAUAAAAAAAAAAAAAAAAACUCCAUCAUCAUUAUUAUUAUUCAUUCAUCAGAAUUAAUUAGCAUUGGACAACUAAUUUAGACGUCAUAAUUCAUCCUCUUUUGUUUAUUCGUCCCAAAACUCCAAAUCCCGCACUAUAAAACCAACUCUGGUUUGGCCUCUGUUUUCGCACCAAAAGAAUCUCUAUUACCUCUCUAUUCCCCCUCUGUUCUCUGCUUCUCAUCAUUCAACCGUGUGUAAUUUGGUCUUUUUUUUUUUGUGAAAUUCUUUCUGAGAUGGCAACUCUCUCUAAGCUUGUGGACCUUAAUCUCAACGAUGUCACCGAAAAAGUGAUCGCUGAAUAUGUUUGGAUCGGAGGUUCAGGAAUGGAUCUCAGAAGCAAAGCCAGGGUAAUUAUCUUUGAAACUUCUAAUAUGAAUCUCAUGCUUACAUGGUUAAUUAUGAUUCUAAUUUACUGAUUCUAAAAAAAAAAAAAUUGUGGCAGACUCUUUCUGGCCCUGUUGAUGAUCCUAAAAAGCUUCCAAAAUGGAACUACGAUGGAUCUAGCACCGGACAAGCUCCUGGUGAAGACAGUGAAGUGAUCUUGUACCCUCAAGCAAUUUUCAAGGAUCCAUUCAGGGGAGGAAACAACAUCCUUGUGAUGUGUGACUGCUACACCCCGGCCGGCGAGCCAAUCCCAACCAACAAGAGGUACAACGCCGCCAAGAUUUUCAGCCACCCUGCUGUUGUUGCUGAGGAGACCUGGUAUGGCAUUGAGCAAGAAUACACCCUGUUGCAGAAGGAAGUCAAGUGGCCCUUAGGUUGGCCUGUGGGAGGUUUCCCUGGACCACAGGGUCCUUACUACUGUGGAAUUGGAGCUGACAAGGCAUUUGGACGUGAUAUUGUUGAUGCUCACUAUAAGGCAUGUUUGUAUGCCGGAAUUAACAUAAGCGGUAUCAACGGAGAAGUUAUGCCCGGACAGUGGGAGUUUCAAGUUGGCCCUUCCAUCGGCAUCGGAGCAGCCGAUCAGAUUUGGAUAGCUCGUUACAUUCUCGAGAGGAUCACUGAGAUUGCUGGAGUUGUUGUUUCAUUUGACCCCAAGCCUAUUCCGGGUGAUUGGAAUGGUGCUGGUGCUCACACUAACUACAGCACUAAAUCCAUGAGAGCGGAAGGAGGUUAUGAGGUUAUCAAGAAGGCAAUUGAGAAGCUUGGACUUAGGCACAAGGAACACAUUGCUGCCUACGGCGAAGGCAAUGAGCGCCGUCUCACUGGCCGUCAUGAAACAGCAGACAUUAACACCUUCUCAUGGGGAGUUGCAAACCGCGGAGCAUCAGUUCGAGUUGGUCGCGACACUGAGAAAGAAGGCAAGGGCUACUUUGAAGACAGGAGGCCUGCUUCAAACAUGGACCCUUACACUGUCACUUCAAUGAUUGCAGAGACAACCAUCAUCUGGAAACCUUGAGCAAACAACAGAUGAAAUUUCAGAUAAGAAAGAGCUCCUUGGAAGCCUUUGACAGAGGAGAGCUAAAUACAUAUACUACAUUUUAAGUUGAACCAAUUUACAUUUUGGAGUGUCUAUUGUACAAGUCUAUAGGGAUUUGUCAUUGCUUUUUCCUUUCUGCUUUGCUGAUUUGCUUUCUUGGUGUAAACCCCCGCAAUGACAGAGUUCACUGUUACAUUCACCUGUUGUCUUUUUGCAUUUUAGUCCACUCUUGAAAUAGGUUUCGUUUCAAGAAUAACAUUGUAAAAGGGAUAGUUAAACAUCCUUACUUUUGGGACGGUUAAAUAUCCUUGAUUUUUCAUCAAUGAUUUGUCGUUCUCUCUUUUGCUUGUUUCAUCCCAUUGUUGGUUGUUCGUGGCAAUUUUCUUUCAUAUAUCAGCUAUUGUCAUGUCAAUGAAUUAUGAACUGCUUGUAAAUGUCCCGAAUUGUUCAAUGAGCA